CGUGGACAUCCCCGCUGACGUUCCCCAAGAUAAUGCUGAGCCUGAUAGCAGACCCGUCUCCUCCCAACCAGGCGUAGUCAUUGUGGAGAGUGAUGGUGAAGGCGAGGAGCUGCGGCAUGAGCAUGCCCGUUUGUCGCCUGGAGGUGGUGGGACCACUCCAUCGGCAGAUCCACAUGUGGAGGGGGCGGUGAGGCCGGCCCUUCUAGACACCCUGAUGUUGGUCACCCUAUUUUCCCCAGCUGUCGCUCAUAUCCCGAUCCGGAUAACCAGUGGUUCAAGUACCGCAUGGAUCGGGACCACAGCUUUGUCGGUGGAACUAUUCAUAGCAUGGAUUUCCUCUCGCAGAUCCGGCCAUAUGCGGAUGACUUCAUUUUGAGCCGGAUGGCCACCAGGGUAAUUGCUGAGGACGCUACUAACUCUUGUCUCAAGUCCGCUUUUAUGUGUCACGAGAUUAGCCGCAGGGCUGAUGAUGCGGAGCACCGGGCUCGCCAAGCAGGAAGGAGAGAGGCUGGUAUUCUGCACACCAGGUCCCUCGUUGAGCAAGCUCUCAGAAUCUCCGAGAAGCGUGCCGACGCAUUGGAGGCCACUGCUGACCGGGCCCUCAAACAAACCGCGCAGUUCAGCGAGAUGCUUGAUGAAUUCACCACGAGGGCUCUGGAUAACGAGCAGCGGGUGUCCGUCCUUGAGGCUGAGCUGGCUAAAAGUAAGCGCCAGUUUGAGAAUCUCAAGGUGAUGGAGGAUGCAGCUGUGAAAUCCCUGGUCGAAGCCGAGGAUAAUGUUAUGGCCUCAGAGAUCGAAGCCCAGAAGGCUGAGCAUAGGGCCCUCUGUGCUGAAGAAAAGCUCGAGGUGUAUCACUGAUAUUGCCGAGGACUCCAUUGCUGAGAAUGAGGCCCUUUAGAGGUUUGUGAUCGAAAUGACGGGCUAGGCCAAUAACUUAGCUCAGGAGAAUGAGCAGCUGCAAGAGAAUGUCAUCAGUUGGUAACGGCACUGUGAGGAGCUACAGGCCACCCUUAGAGAGUCCCUGGUGCAGGACGGGCUGAGAGGGGUUCGGAUCGUGCAACUGGAGACAGAGGUCGAGAUCCUAAAAGAUGCCGCUGCUGAUUCUGCCUCAAAGCGCAGCCAGAUUCUGGAGGGAAUCGUGACCACAUGCUGCUGAGCUUGCAAAAGCUGAGGUCGCCGGUGCUGAUGAGUUCAAGGCUUCAUGUUCUGGUGUUUCUCCUUCUCCUGAUUCCAU